CACACAUCAUAUUACAAUAUGCAUAAUAGUUCGAAACAUUCCCUUCUGGCGCGUCGUUCGUUAUUUUGUUUUGUUUUGUUUCGCUUCGCUUUUUUUAUAUAUAUUUUUUAUUACUUUUUGUUUUCGUUCAUUUCGCUUUGUUUCGUAAUUUGGCAUUUUUUUUUUUUUUUCUUUUCUUUUUUUUUACCGACGACGACACCCGACGACGAUGGCGGCGAAGACGAAGCCGGCAAGAGACAAGAUUUUUUUCUCGUCACGCGCGUGAAGGGGUAGUAGCAGUAGUAGCGUGGUAGUCGUGCCUGGUAUACAUACGUCCCGUACCUGCAGAUGCUUUUUAUUUAUAUAUUCAUUUAUGUAUUUAGUUAUUUAUUUAUUGAGAGGACAUCGAUAGUCAGUCACUUUUACGCGUGUAUGUACACGUAUACAAAUUAUUUUUUUUAUUUUUACUUUUUUUUUUGUUUGGUUAUCCCGAUAUUCUACACAUCUCGAUUCCGAUCCUAUGCGAUUCGCUUUCUUUCCGUUUGACUUUAUAUAUAUAUAUAUAUAUAUAUAUAUAUAUAUAUAUAAUCCGAAAUCCUUCAAUGAUUUUGCUUGUAUAUUAUAUACAUAUAUAGGGAAUAGAUUGUGCUUAUUUAUUUAUCUUUUUUGUUUUUUCUAAUUUCGUCCGCUCACGCUCCGUGUUUCUAUGUACAUGCUAUACAUAUGCAUUUUUUGAUCUAUAUUUCUUUACUUUGUCAAGGGAUUCGUAAAAGGCUGCAAGAGGUUGCGACAUGUCGACCUUAGUAAUAGCUACUGGCUCGGAAGUUCUCAUCUCGUCGACCUUCUCGGUUCACAUCCCGGGCUCACGCAUUUGGACUUGACCGGUUGCAACGGGCCGCAAAUGCGGUGCGACUUUAUCGAGAUAACCAAAUGUCGUAAUCUCACGUCUGUAAGGCUAAGAGGCUGCGACUGGGUCACCACAGAUUUCCUAUUGUCGUUAGUUCGGUACAACCGUAACCUUCGACGACUUGUAUUAGCCGAUUGUUAUCAAAUAUCCGACGAGGCUGUGGAGUCCAUGUUCGAGUUUCUCACAACAUUGACCGAUCUCAGCUUGGAGAAGACCGCCAUCACGGAUAAAAGUCUUCUGGCAAUGGUCGAACACGGUGUCACGGCGAUAGAGUAUCUCGACUUGCGUUACUGCCACGGAAUCACCGAUUAUGGUCUGAUGUUACUGAGACCUUUACGAUCUAUGAAAAGACUUUGGAUCCUCGGUUGUCGUUCGAUUACCGAACGUGGUCUCGCGAGCUUUCGCGAGCGUAUGGAAAUCGAUCUUUCUCCGAGACCGAUCUGCGCGAUUCGACCUCCAUCCUUGCAAGUAUAACAUUUUUUCCGGCUCGUUUCUCUUCCUUCUCUUCUUUCGCGUGUAUUUUGGUCAUUAAGAUCCUCCUUUUUCCAAUGGGCGCUGUGUUGCAUUCUUUCGGCAUCGCGUAACACCGCGCCAACCGUAAAAUACAUAUAUAUAUAUAUAUAUAUAUAUAUAUAUAUAUAUUCAAAGUAAGAAGAUAUAAGUUAAACUGAGGAUGGAUACAUUUUUGCAACGAACAAUCACACGCAAAAUAGAAUAUUGAAUAGAAUAUUGAAAAUAGAAUAUUGAAUAGAAUAUUGAAAAUAGAAUAUUGUAAAAUGAUCAUACGAUAACUCGUCAAACUAAAUAAUCGACGUUGCAUCUUUGGAUGCAUCCAAAAUAUGGCGGACGACAUAUACAUUUAUCUUCAAUUUCAUAUCGAUCGAUUCACUUCGAUCGAAAUUUUCGUUCUAAUUAAGAAAUAGGAAAUAAUUAGACAUGUAGAAGAGAGAAAAAGCGAGGAUCGCCAAGUAGAAUUUCAUGAAGAAAUUGUAAAGACGAUGAUGAUGAUAAUGAUAAUAAUAAUAAUAAUAAUAAUAAUAAUAAUAAUAAUAAUAAUAAUAAUAAUAAUAAUAAUAAUAAUAAUAAUAAUAAAAUUAACAUUAAUAAUAAUAAUAAUAAUAAUAAUAAUAAUAAUAAUAAUAAUAAUAAAUACGUAAAAUGCUAAUCUUUCAUUACAUCCAACAUCUUUCUUCCUUGGUCUUUUCCAAUAUGAAACUAUUCUUUUAAUGAAUCUCCUCCUCGACGAAACCACUGAGAAUGUGGGGUGGUUCUGUGUUUUUCAUAUUUACAAUGCAAUCAUGAAGAAUUAUUUAUAAUAAUAAUAAUAGUAGUAAUAAUAAUAAUAAUAAAAGAAAAGAAAAAAAAAAGAAUAA